AUGGAAUCUUGUGGAAUGAAUACUGUAAAGUAUCUUCUUUUUUUUUUCAACUGUAUUUUUGCGAUUUCCGGAUUUGGAAUACUAGUAACAGGAUGUAUAGUUCUCGCAGACGUUACUAAUUACAGUCACUUUAUGCAAGGAAGAAUAUUAGCUCCACCGAUUCUUUUAAUAAUUGUUGGAAUGAUUGUCUUUAUAACUUCCUUUUUAGGAUGUUAUGGAGCAAUAAAAGAAAAACACUUUUUACUUAUUGUAUUUUCAGUCGCGUUACUUACCAUUUUCACUGUCCAACUUGCGAUCGGUAUAGCUGUUGCUGUAUUUAGAUCUGAUGUUUCGGAUGUAUUGAGAACUGGAUUGAGAGAAGCAUUACAAAAAUAUAAAGCUGAAGAAGAUGGAAAUGCUUGGAAUUCUAUUCAAAAACAUUUUCAAUGCUGUGGUGUAGAUUCUGCAGAUGAUUGGUACGGAAUUAUGAAUGGAUCAGAACUUCCAGAGUCUUGUUGUCAAGAUAUUUCAACAACUUCAUGUGAUAGGUUCGAAAAUACUACAGUUUAUCUCAAAGGUUGUUAUGAUAUUCUUGAAACAAAAAUUCGUGAUAAUUCUAAGGUACUGAUGGGAGUCGGGAUUGGAAUUGCAAUCAUUGAAAUCAUCGGUGUUAUCCUAGGUUUUUCCCUCGCAACAAGCAUUAAAAGAGAAGCAACGUCAUGAAAUAAACCAUAA